AUGGCCGCUGAAACGCUGACUACCAUCUCGCCCAUCACCAACAAGCCCGUCGUGACCAGAGCCGGCGUGACCGCAGACGAGCUUGCCACGCUGCCCAGGACCGCCCAGGACGCCUUCCGGUCGUUCUCCAGGUCCACGACGCUCGGCCAGAGACAGGAGAUAGUCGCCAGAGCGCUCGGGCUCAUGGCCCAGCGGAAGGACACCCUCGCCCGCGAAGUUACUGAGCAGAUGGGGCGGCCUAUCGCCUACACCGGCGUUGAGAUCACGACGGCCAUCAAGCGAGGUGAAUACCUUAACCGGGUGGCGUGUGAGGCCCUGGGCGAGCCCGUCCCCGGCGACGACGAGCCGGGGUUCAAGAGAUAUCUCAAAAAGGAGCCCCUGGGCGUCGUCCUCAUCAUUUUUGCCUGGAACUACCCCUACUUGAUCCUCGUCAAUAGCUUGAUCCCUGCGAUCUUAGCUGGCAACGUCGUAAUCCUUAAACCUUCCCCACAAACCCCAACAGUGGUCGAGCACAUUUCCUCCAUCUUCCUCGAAGCGGGCCUUCCCCGUGAUGUGCUGCAGUACUUCCAUUGUGGCUCCCUCGUCGACCUCGAAACCAUCAUCCGGUCUCCCCUGAUCAACCACAUCUGCUUCACCGGGUCCGUCGCCGGAGGCCUCGCCGUCCAGAAGGCGGCGGCAGACCGCAUCGUCAACGUCGGCCUCGAGCUCGGCGGCAACGAUGCGGCCUACGUCCGUGAAGACGUAGACCUGGCCUGGGCCGCAGAGGAGAUCGUUGACGGCGCCAUCUUCAACAGCGGCCAGAGCUGCUGCUCCAUCGAACGGGUAUACGUUCACGAAAAGGUCCACGACAAUUUCGUCCAGGAGGUCAAAAAGGUGCUCACCAGCUACCGUGUUGGCGACCCCUUCGACAGCAAGACCCAGGUCGGGCCCGUCAUAUCCAAAAAGGCCAGAGAGAACAUCCUCUCCCACAUAGACGACGCCAUCAAAAAGGGCGCCAAAGACGAAACUCCGGCAAACACCACCUUCGACAACCUCCCGCCCGAUGGCAACUUUGUCAAACCUACGCUGCUCACCGGCGUCACACACGCCAUGCGGGUAAUGUCUGAAGAGACCUUCGGCCCCGUCAUACCCGUCAUGAAAGUCAGGGACGACAGUGAGGCCAUCCGAUGGAUGAACGACAGCGACCUGGGCCUCACCGCCAGCGUCUGGACCAAGGACGUCGCGACAGGAGAGAAGCUGAUACAAGAUAUCGAAGCUGGCACCGUCUUCAUCAACCGAGCCGAUUAUCCGAGCCCAGAUCUUGCUUGGACUGGAUGGAAAAACUCCGGAAGGGGAGUCACCCUCAGCCGGUUCGGGUUCGACCAGUUUGUCAAGCUGAAGAGCUUCCAUUUGAAGGAUUAUCCAAAGUAG